AUGGGCAAGAAAGAUCAACAGCAACAGCAAAUAAUAAGGGAUCUCAUCAGAGACAACCCCAAAGUCGAAGCUGUUCUUCACCUCCUCAGAAAACAAGCUCCGCUGACGGUUAAACAGGAGAAGUUUUGUAACAGUGCUUGUGUGGAGAGGUUUCUGAAAGCAAAAGGAGAGAGUGUGAAGAAGGCGGCCAAGGCCAUCAGAGCUUGCCUGUCUUGGAGAAACACUAUUGGGACUGAUCACUUGAUAGCAGAUGAGUUCUCUGCUGAACUUGCAGAAGGCGUUGCAUACGUGUCCGGUCAUGAUGAAGAAUCCAGGCCUGUUCUGAUUUUCCGGUUCAAACAAGACUACCAAAAGUUGCAUUCCCAGAAAAUGUUCACUCGGUUGUUGGUUUUCACGUUGGAGGUGGCCAUUCAGACGAUGACCAAAAACGUCGAGCAGUUCGUCAUUCUCUUCGACGCAAGCUUUUUCAGGUCAGCGUCGGCUUUUAUGAACUUGCUUCUGGCAACUCUGAAAAUUGUAGCAGAGUACUACCCAGGACGGCUCUUCCAGGCCUUUGUAAUUGACCCUCCGUCUCUCUUCUCCUAUCUCUGGAAGGGUGUUCGACCGUUCGUUGAGUUAUCAACGGCUACGAUGAUGGUCUCCUCACUGGACUUCGAAGAGUCAAUGGACUUCAACGACUUCUCCUCCUAUCCACGCGCCGCGUCCCUCCGAUUCGAUCCAUCAUCCACGGCCAAGAUCGGCGCGUGCUCCUCCUCCCGCUUCUCCUUCACCGUCUCUCACCACCAGAUCGACUCCCUCAAGCCCUGGUACCUCAGCCUCACCGACACGUCGUCCUCCAAGGUGGGCCCCACUACCCCCUCCCCUCUGGGACCCGCCCUCAUCUCCCCUCUAAACGCCAGGUCGUUCUCCUUCGCCUCCCCCGCCGCCAGGACGCCACGUGGCACCCUCCACGGCUACGGCAACUCCGCCGCCACCAGGAAGAGCCUCUUCCCGUCGACCCCUCUCCCCCCGCGCUGCCGCCCCAUGACGUCAGCCAGCGAAGGCAGCCGGACACCCCACCCCCGGACCCCACGUCCGUCGUUCUUCCAGUCCCCGGCGACGUUCUUCCGCAAGGAGUGCCACGUCAGCCGGACGGAGAAGUCGCGCGAGUCGUUCGUCCCGUUCCUCAAGUUCUACCGGCGGCCGUACGACGAGAUGAUCUACCGGUCGAAAAUGCGGCCACCACUCGGUGGGCUCAUCUCCAUCGUCUCCCCGCACCUCAGACGCCGCCACGUGUCCAUGUCCCAGCGGUACUGA